CAGCGCUCGGUGCCUGCACGUGUAGUUCAACUCUUUGAGUGAAUAUGCAUUCGACCAGUGGUGAGAGGUUUCAUGGAAGGAAAACCCCAACUGGACGCAAACCACGACUGAAGACGAGGGAACAGCAACAAGUGAACCAGCCCGAGGACUGAGAGCACCGAAUGGAGAGGACCCAUCUGACUCGGAGAUUCCAGUGAUUCAGUCAGGAGAAAGUUUGGUUAAAAAUGAGAAGGAAUUUGUCUCCAGGAAUCUCAAACUUGGCACACCAGUUUUGCUGUCUCUGUCCAGAUAUUUAAGAAGUGGAGCAAGGGAUUCAAUCGACCAUCCUUCCUGCUCAGACUGUGGGGAGGGAUUUAUUCGGUCAUCUGACCAACUGGCACGCCCGUCAUUUUACACAGGAGAAAGGCCAUUCACCUGCUCAGAUAGUGGGAAUGGAUUCACUUGGUUAUCACAAUUGAAGGUACAUCGGCAAGUUCACACUGGGCAAGGCCAUUUACCUGUUCUGUGUGUGAGAAGGGGUUCAGUCUGUCUUCCCAUCUGUGGACACACCAGUCAGUUCACACUGGGCAGAGGCUGGUCAUCUGAAGAAUUUGUGGAGAAGGAUUCACUCGGUCAUCUGAUCUAAUGGCUCACCAGCUAGUUCACUACGGGGAGAGGCCUUUCACCUGCUCGGACUGUGGGAAGAGAUUCAUUCAGUCAUCCACCCUACUGGUACAUCAGCGAGUUCACACUGGAGAGAAGCCGUUCACCUGCUCGGACUGCGGGAAGAGAUUCACUCAGUUAACCCACCUACAGAGUCAUCAGCGAGUUCACACGGGGGAGAGGCCAUUCACCUGCUCAGAAUGUGGGAAAGGAUUCACUGAGUUAUCCAGCCUACAGAGACAUCAGCGAGUUCACACUGGGGAGAAGCCAUUCACCUGCUCAGAAUGUGGGAAGAGAUUCACUCAGUCAUCCACUCUACUGAGACAUCAGGGAGUUCACACUGGGGAGAAGCCAUUCACCUGCUCAGAAUGUGGGAAGAGAUUCACUCAGUCAUCCACCCUACAGAGUCAUCAGCGAGUUCACACUGGAGAGAAACCAUUCACCUGCUCAAUCUGUGGGAAGAGAUUCACUCACUGUUCCAGCUUACAGAGACAUCGGCAAGUUCACACUGGGGAGAGUUAG